CCGGUCUCCCCUUUUUCAAAAGCUCAAUCACCUUGCCUUAGUGGCGCCCCAUUUCACAAAGCUGACACCUGCUCUCCUCCACCUACCCAAAAUCAAUCCUCUCCAUCUUCCUGCUCCGGCUCAGUCCAAUCCUUCCCUUCCCUUUUCGGCUCCGGCCAAUCAAUCCACCGACCGAUCAUAACCCAGCCAGCCAGAGAUUUCUUCCACCUUCUUUUUCUCUAGAGCUCUCUCGCAUGGUGCCGUCCGGUGCUGCGCUCGCUUUCUUGGAGCAGAGCAGGUAGGCUGCUGCCGACGCACGAUGAUCCGCGAGUUCUUGGCCGUGGCGGCGCGCGCGGCGCUGGAGUGGGCGCUGGCGACGCUGCUGCUCGCCAACGGCGCCGCCUUCUGCCUCCUCGCCGCCGCCGCCGCGCGCCUCCGCCUCGGCCCGCCCUGCAUCCUCUGCGCCCGCGUCCACCGCCUGCUCCGCGCCGCCUCCGCCGCCCCGGCCGGCGAGGAGCGCGCCGCCCUGCGCCUCCUCCUCUGCGACGCCCACCUCGCCGCCGUCGCCGCGGGCACUCGCGCUGGCCCCGAUCGCCGCGACGGGGACGCGGGGAAAGCCGGGCUGGCGGAGGCCGGUGAUCCGGCGGACACGGUCUCAGGCCUGGAGACCCACCGCGUCGUCUCCAUCGGCAGCGAGAUCUGCGAGCAGGACCUCGACGCCGACGACAGCGGCCAGCCACGCGCUGCCGCCCGCAGCCACAUCGCGAGAACCAGCAGCAUCGAGGACGGCGGCAGCGGCCCGCUCGUGUCCCUCUUCGAGCUGGCCCCGAUCGCCGGCGCCCAGCCUCGGGGCGGCGGCAACUCCUCCGUGGACCCGGCCACGACGCCGGAGCUGGUGGCCGUGGACGGCGACGAGCGCCUCACCGUCGGGCAGGUCGCCUCCGCGCUCCGCGACCAGCGGCGGGAGCUGGAGGCGCUGCGCGCCGAGCUCGCCGCCGAGCGGCGCGCGCGGGCGGAGGCGGAGGAGUACCAGCGGCAGCUGGAGGAGCAGGGCGAGCUGGACCGGGAGGCGGCGCGGCUCGCCAUGCAGCUCGUGCACGAGAGCGAGACGGAGAAGCACGACCUGAAGCGGCAGCUCGACGCGUGCAGGGUCAGGGCCCAGCUCUACCAGUCCGAGACCGCCGCCGUGGACGCCGACGACCUCGCCGGCAGCGGGGAAGGAUGCUUCCGCCGGGGGGCGAACGGGGGCGACGACGGCAACAACUACCAGUCGCUCGUGGACUUCUUGCCGGGGUCGGUGUACUCCUCCUCGCCGGACCUGGCCAACCUCCUUAAACUCUACACCGAGUCCGGCAACGGUGGCGGCCGCCGCCGCCGGCAGAGGGAUGAUCACGACGAGCCGGCCGUUGCGGUGGUUGAGGAGGUAGCAGAGGAGGAGGUGGAGGAAGUCACGGCCGUCGCCGUCGUCGCUGAUGUCACGGCUGCCACUGAAUCCAGCGGGAAUGCUGAUGCGACCACCUCCAUUGUUGCUGAAUCUUUACAUGAACGAAGCACCAAUAGUUGUCACAUUGAGACAGCUGCUGAAGCUUCUUAAUUCGUCGCGACAUCACUGCCUUCUCUUGUAAAUUGGAUUCUCUUGUGUAAAUUUCGCCGCCUUCUUGUCUUUUUUUUGGGGGGGUUUGCAUACAGAUAUUGAAAGCUUGGGGUGUGUGCCAGUGUGUAUGUAUGUUCAUACAUGUAACCCGUUUGUCCAUUGAAGCUUCAACCUUCAAGAUGAUUUCCCGGACA